AUGGUGACUAUUCCAGCGUGUCGUAGCAAAGGCAUUACUCUGACGGAGUUUAAGAAGAUGUCGCAACACAUGCUACACGUUGUCUAUGAUUCGCAGAUGAGUACGGGGAAAGAAGGCGCACGAGACCCAUGCUCACUCUGGCGCCAAGCACUGCUCUCGCACUUGAAUCCCACGAUACCACGAUAUUCAAGAAGAAUUCUCGUGUGCCAGCUUUAG